GUUACUAUGGCCCUUUGGCUAGUUUUAGUUUAGAAAAAAAAGGAAAAAAAAAGAGGAACAGGUGAAAACCGUGAGGGAGGGGCUGGCAAAUUGGAAACCACCCCGGAGAGACUCAGCUGAGAGUGGGUGGAUCUGAAAUCCUGGGUAAAACUUGAAAUUGGUGUAGAAAUUCCGAAGUUGUCUGUCGCACUUGCAAGUUAACUGUCAAGUAGUUUAUAACCAGAUUAGAUCGUAUCAGAUCCAGGAGAAAAUGCUACGGCUCAAGGCAUUUCGAGCCACCAAUGAGAAGAUUGUGAAGAUAGCGGUGCAUCCCACACAUCCAUGGUUGGUGACCGCCGAUGCCUCUGAUCACGUCUCCGUUUGGAACUGGGAGCAUCGCCAGGUCAUUUACGAGCUCAAGGCCGGUGGGAUCGACCAGAGACGUCUCGUUGGUGUCAGAUUGGAGAAGCUUGCUGAGGGCGAAUCUGAUUCUAAAGGGAAACCUACGGAGGCCGUACGCGGAGGGAGUGUUAAGCAAGUGAGCUUUUUCGAUGAUGACGUGAGGUUUUGGCAACUUUGGCGCAAUCGUUCUGCAGUUGCCGAGGCUCCCACGGCUGUCAAUCAUGUUACUUCGGCUUUUGUCUCUCCGGCUCCAUCAACUAAAGGAAGGCAUUUUCUUGUCAUCUGCUGUGAAAACAAAGCCAUCUUUUUGGACUUGGUCACGAUGCGCAGCCGUGAUGUACCCAAACAAGAGCUUGACAACAAGUCUCUUCUUUGUAUGGAGUUCCUAUCUAGAUCGUCUGCUGGUGACAGUCCUCUUGUUGCUUUUGGUGGAUCAGAUGGCGUUAUUAGGGUUCUUUCAAUGAUGACAUGGAAGCUUGUAAGAAGAUACACAGGAGGUCAUAAAGGAUCAAUUUCUUGUUUGUUGACUUUCAUGGCUUCUUCCGGCGAGGCACUUCUUGUUUCAGGUGCCAGUGACGGUCUGCUUAUUCUUUGGAGUGCAGACCAUGGUCAAGAUUCAAGAGAACUUGUACCCAAGCUAAGCUUGAAGGCACAUGAUGGUGGAGUUGUUGCUGUUGAGCUUUCUAGAGUUAUUGGGGGAGCUCCCCAGCUAAUUACAAUUGGAGCAGAUAAGGCAUUGGCCAUAUGGGACACAAUCUCUUUUAAGGAGUUGAGGAGAAUUAAGCCUGUUCCUAGACUUGCAUGUCACAGUGUGGCAUCUUGGUGUCACCCUCGAGCACCUAACCUUGAUAUUUUGACUUGCGUCAAAGAUUCCUAUAUAUGGGCUAUUGAGCAUCCAACUUAUUCAGCUCUUACAAGACCAUUGUGUGAUCUGUCUUCUCUUGUUCCUCCUCAAGCAGCUGCUCCAAACAAGAAACUUAGGGUUUAUUGCAUGGUUGCACAUCCUUUACAGCCUCAUCUUGUUUCUACCGGAACCAAUAUUGGUAUUAUUGUCAGUGAAUUUGAUGCUAGGUCACUUCCUCCUGUAGUUCCUCUCCCGACACCUGCUGGAAGUCGAGAACAUUCUGCUAUCUACAUUGUUGAAAGAGAACUGAAGCUGUUAAACUUUCAGUUGUCUAAUGCAGCAAACUCUUCGCUUGGAAAUAAUGGCUCCUUAUCUGAAACGGGAAAGAUGAAGGGAGAUUCACUUGAAGCAUUGCAUGUGAAGCAGAUUAAAAAGCACAUCAGUACACCUGUUCCACAUGAUACAUAUUCAGUUCUUUCUACAAGCAGUUCUGGAAAGUAUCUUGCAAUUGUGUGGCCCGAUAUUCCUUAUUUUUCAAUCUACAAAGUCAGCGAUUGGUCCAUUGUUGAUUCUGGAAGUGCAAGGCUUCUAUCUUGGGAUAUAUGUUCUGACAGAUUUGCUAUAUUAGAGUCUGCAUUACCUCCUAGAAUGCCCAUUGUCCCCAAGAGCAGUUCAUCAAGGAAAGCUAAAGAAGCAGCUGCAGCUCAGGCUGCGGCUGCAGCUCAGGCUGCGGCUGCAGCUCAGGCUGCUUCUUCUGCUAAUGUUCAAGUUCGUAUUUUGCUGGAUGAUGGAACGUCGAACAUAUUAAUGAGGUCCAUUGGCAGCCGAAGUGAACCGGUCAUUGGGUUGCAUGGUGGGGUACUUCUUGGCAUUGCCUAUCGAACACCUCGUAAGAUUAGUCCUGGUGCUGCGACGGCUAUAUCAACAAUUCAGUCUAUGCCAUUGUCUGGAUUUGGAAGUAGUGGUUCCUUUGCUACUUUUGAUGACGGAUUCUCUUCUCAGAGAUCUCCUGCUGAGGCACUGCCUCAAAACUUUCAACUUUUCAGUUGGGAAACUUUCCAACCAGUGGGUGGUCUUCUGCCUCAGCCAGAGUGGACUGCAUGGGACCAGACUGUUGAGUAUUGUGCUUUUGGUUAUCAACAUUAUAUUGUCAUCUCAUCAUUGCGCCCUCAGUAUAGAUACCUUGGAGAUGUUGCAAUAGCCUAUGCCACUGGAGCUGUUUGGCAACGGAGACAAUUGUUUGUGGCAACGCCAACUACAAUUGAAUGUGUUUUUGUUGAUGCUGGAGUUGCACCCGUUGACAUUGAAACAAGAAAAAUGAAAGAAGAGCUAAAAUUAAAAGAGGCCCAGGCAAGAGCAGUUGCUGAGCAUGGAGAGUUGGCUCUAAUCAGUGUGGAUGGUCCUCAAACUGCCACACAAGAAAGAAUAGCAUUGAGACCGCCUAUGUUACAGGUGGUUCGAUUAGCUUCUUUCCAGCAUGCUCCUUCGGUGCCACCUUUCUUGUCAUUGCCUAAACAGUAUAAAGUUGACGGGGAUGAUGCAACAAUGGUAAAAGAGAUGGAAGAAAGAAAAGUUAAUGAGAUUGCUGUUGGUGGUGGUGGGGUCUCUGUAGCAGUUACCCGUUUUCCAACUGAGCAGAAACGACCUGUGGGACCACUUAUUGUGGUUGGUGUAAGAGAUGGCGUCCUUUGGCUUAUUGAUAGGUACAUGAGUGCACAUGCCUUAUCUCUGAGUCAUCCUGGCAUUCGGUGUCGGUGUCUUGCUGCUUAUGGAGAUGCUGUUAGUGCAGUCAAAUGGGCAAGUCGGCUUGGCAGGGAACAUCAUGAUGAUUUAGCACAAUUUCUACUUGGAAUGGGCUAUGCUACUGAAGCACUUCAUUUACCCGGGAUAUCCAAGAGGUUGGAGUUUGAUUUAGCCAUGAAGAGUAAUGAUUUGAAAAGAGCUCUGCAGUGUCUUCUUACAAUGAGUAAUUCCAGGGAUAUUGGACAGGAUAAUCUGGGUCUUGAUUUGAAUGAUAUACUUAAUUUAACUGCUAAGAAGGAAAAUCUGGUCGAGGCUGUUCAAGGAAUAGUAAAAUUCGCAAAGGAAUUUUUGGACCUUAUUGAUGCUGCUGAUGCUACUGCCCAGGCUGACAUUGCUCGUGAAGCUCUUAAAAGGUUAGCUACUGCUGGUUCAGUGAAAGGGGCUUUGCAGGGUCACGAGUUAAGAGGGCUUGCUCUUCGCCUUGCAAAUCAUGGCGAAUUGACACGACUCGGUGGUUUAGUAAAUAAUUUGAUCUCCCUUGGAUUGGGACGUGAAGCAGCAUUUUCAGCUGCGAUUUUGGGAGACAAUGCUCUUAUGGAGAAGGCUUGGCAGGAUACUGGGAUGCUUGCGGAGGCUGUACUCCACGCACAUGCUCAUGGGCGACCUACGUUGAAGAACUUGGUUGAGGCGUGGAACAGAAUGUUACAGAAGGAGAUGGAGCACACUCCAUCAGAGAAAACAGAUGCUACAGCUGCAUUUUUGGCUUCUCUUGAGUCGCCCAAACUUACAAGUUUGUCAGAGGCAGGGAAGAAACCACCGAUUGAAAUCCUUCCUCCGGGAAUGUCAGCACUCUCAGCUUCAAUUACAAUUAAAAAGAAACCUGCUCAUGUGACACAGACUUCACAGCAACAAAGCAAACCAUUGGCAUUAGAAGCACCUCCUCCAAGUGGACCGGCUGAAACACCUAUUGUUGCAGCACCUCCCAUUGCAUCAGCUGCAGAACCAGGGACAUCGAUAGGAGCACCACCACCUGAUGCGCCAGCUGCAAUGCCAGGCACCCCGAUCGGAGAAGCAGCUCCUGUUGCAGCCGCUGCAGCAGCAGCAGUUGAACCACCCAUAUCAGAAGCAAGUGAACCUUCUCUAGAAGAGAAAGAACCUAAUUCAUCAUCUGGGAGCAAUCCAGAUACGAUUGCUUAUCCAGCAGCACCUGCAACUGGCACACCUAUGCCAGAUAUAACUGUGACAGACAAACCGUUGGCAGAGGUGUCUCCCGUGACAGCAGAAAACCAGGAAACAAGUGCUUCAGCCACAUUAACAAGCCAACCAUUUGCUGCUUGAGUUCAAUUUUUAGUGAUUCGUUUGAGUUCUAGGGAAUAGUAGUUCAAUUUCAUUUGUCACGUGAACUGUGUUUGUGAAAUUGAUUGGUGUGGAUAUCUGUAUUCUGGAGCAAGGGGGAGGAGAAAUACCUUUUAGAUGUUACUAAAGAUUAUUUUCAUUCGAGUUUGGGUUGGGUUGGGUCAUCUCUUUCAUGCCCUGCAUUUGAACCGAAUGGUAGCAGCAGAAACGCCCGGGAGCUGUCCAUCUGAUUGGUUUUGGUUGUAGGACUAUAAUUUUUUGGAUUGUGUUGUAGAAUGAUUGUAGUAUAGGUGAGGUUGAAUAUUUGAUUGAAGUUACCAUUCUUGUUCUUUUGAAUAUAUGAAGCUUUUGGGGCUUUUCUACUA